CUCGUACAGCACUAUUUUAUCUCGUACAUGAAGACUGAGCGAAGAUAUUCAGGGGUCAAUACAAAACAGGAAUUACUUUACUAGUGCUGUUUAACACACUACUUUGCUCCAAAUAUGUCAUGGAGCUGCUCAGGAUCAUUUCCAGUGUUUUAUUACUGUUUUCAGUUCGGAAUUUGAGUGAAUGUGCGCAAAGCGUCGAGCAAACUGAGCAGAAUGCCAUUCAAAAAAAUGUGGAAAAGCCCAGAACCCUAUACGACUAUUCAACGAGAGUGGUGGCUUACAAGGACCUCAUAGACCCGAAAUGUCUCUUAGAAAUUCUAACGAACGAAGAAAGUGUGAUCAGCCAAAAACUCGCAAACUUUGGCAACAGAACGAGCAAUCUCAAGCCGAUAUCCACCUCCAAUCAGCUAACAAAAAGAGAGGUAUGGAGGCUGGCAGGUACACGAAUAUCCGACUUCUGCCGCGGCUUUCCCACAUACCUCAUCCAGAACACUCUGCCAGAUGCCCAAAACACCCAGGCACUGUCCGACAUACAAAACGACCUGCCUAUAGUGGAAAUAUCGCGCAAAAUACGCCGAAAGCGGGAGGAGCGACGGCAUUUCGUAGGACGAGUGCGAGGUCAAACCCAGUCCCAAUAUCUCACCUUCGGCAGCCAGAGUGGCCAGCCAGGAAAAGCCGAGGCAGAGAGCAGUGUUGAAGGCACAAAGGCAGUUGUCACUGGCACCAGUGGAAUGGGGCAGGCCCAAAGCCAAAGCUCCCCAGUCGAUUGCGGAGAAUGUUUGGGCUCUGGACUACAAGACCAAACGCUCCUGUUCCGACGCCCUGCAGGACAAGCUCCCGAAAGAAUAACACGCCCUGAAUAUCCUGGAGGUCCAUUCCGGCCAGGAGAUAGAUUUCCGGGUGGAUCUCAAGGAUUCCCCAGCGGCCCCAGCGGCCAGCAACCAGGCCAAAGCGGAUCGAACUAUCAACCCAUAGGCGACAGUCCACGCUUUCGGCCUGGAGACGUUUACCCGCCCCCUUCUCAACAACCCGGAGGAACUAACAAUCCCCCCAACUUUACCCCUGGAUCAGGACCCCCAGGCGAAUAUCCACCUUCUGGAACCAUCGCUUCCGGACAACCCGGAGAUAGUGGCGGUGGAUACCCAUAUCCACCUCAAACAAUCCCGACUUUCUAUCCUGGAUAUGCCCCAGGUUCCACUGGAGUGCCCAGGGCGCCUCCAGCAGCAGGGCACCCAGGCCAGUACCCAACAAGCAUCCGACCUGGCGAAGCUGGUUAUCUUCCGCCUGGAGCACGCCCAGGAGAAACCGGCUUAGGAUAUCCGCCAGGAGGACCCGGAUAUCCCUCAAUCGGUGGACAAUAUUUAGCGCCCGGAGGAAGCCCGGGAGACAGUGCUAGCCGACCUGGAACACCAUAUCCCUCAGGUCCACUCUUGCCAGGAACAACUGGAACUGGUCCUCAAGAAACAACCAGACCAGGUGGAGGAAGUGGUCCAUCAGGGACAUUUGGCGGCCAACUUGAAGGACAAUAUCAGAGCCACGCGGGGCAAACUGGGAAAUUCUCUGGAACCUUUCAUGGCACAUACGAAGCGGGAGCUGUUGGGGCUCAAAUCGGAGGACCAGGUGCCGCUUAUGGACCGGGAAGCGCAGGGGCCUACAAGCCUGGACAAUUUCCAUCUGGGGCAAUUCCUGGGUACUGGAGCGGACCAGGCACACCUGGAUACGGUCCAAGUGCAGGUGAACUGCAGAAACCGGGAGUUGGAGCAAUUCCUGGCUAUGGACCAGGUGGCUUUAUACCUGGACCCCCUGGGGCAAGCACUAGUCCAUACCCAGCCACGCCUUCAAGAUAUCCAGGGGCGCCAGCAGGUUAUGGACCAGGCACUGGAGGAGCUCCCGGUUCACCGGGUCUGUACCAAACAGUUCCAGAAUAUGGCACGGGGCCGGCAGAAUUGCAGAAACCCGGAUCGGAACUAGGCGCGGCCACUCAUCCAGGACAUCCUAGCGUUUAUAUACCUGGACAAGCACCUGCCGGAGUUAGCCCUGGAUCGUACGCACCAGGACCAUCCAGCGUCCAACCAGGUUAUGGACCAGGCCCUGGGGAGUUGCAAAAACCCGGAACCACAGGAGGGGCGGGCUAUACUCCUGGUCAGACUGGUCCAACCACUGGUUAUUACCCUGGAUAUCCAGGUUUGCCAGCAGGAUUCACGCCAGGUGUAUCGGGAUACCCUUCAAGUUAUGCACCUGGACAAAUACCUACUGGGCCCGGCGCUGGAAUUUACCCAGGAGCGCCAGGAGGAGGGUAUCCAGGCUCACCAGCAGGCGCUGGAAGUACGGGAGGAACAGGGGCCAUUCAACCAGGUGCCAGUACUAUAGGCGGUUCCAGUGAAGCAGGAAGAGCAUUAGGCGGAAGUCAUUUUUCUAACGCCCAAUGGGUUCCACCAGGAACUGAAGCUGCUGGCCCCCCAGGAACUACACCAGGCCAAUAUGGACCAGGAGUUUCAACUCAUCCAGGACAGCCUCCAAUCGUAGGUCCCUCAGGACUUGCAGGUCAAGGUGUCGGCCCCGGUGGACAAGGCUAUGCACCUGGAGGACCCGGAGGACCAGGAUACGGACCUGGGAGUCAAGGAUACGGACCCGGGAGUCAAGGUUACAGACCCGGGAGUCAAGGAUACGGACCCGGGAGUCAAGGAUACGGACCCGGGAGUCAAGGAUACGGACCUGGGGGUCAAGGCUAUGCACCCGGAGGACAAAGUUUUGCACCUGGCGGUCAAGGCUCUGGACCUGGUGUUCAAGGAGCAGGCUCUGGCAGUCAACUGUAUGGACCGGGCGCACAAGGAGGUCAAACUUAUGCACCAGGCGGUCAAGGUUAUGCUCCAGGAGGUCAAUCACAUGCACCGGGAGGUCAAGGUUAUACUCCAGGAGGUCAAUCUUAUGCACCGGGAGGUCCAGGUGUAGCACCUGGAGGUCAAGGUUAUGCACCUGGAGGUCCAAUUUAUGGACCUAGCGGUCAAGGGUAUGUACCUGGAGGACAGAGCGCUGCACCAGGAGGUCAGAGCGUUGGACCUGGCGGUCCUGGUUAUGGACCUGGGGCAUAUCCAGGUGGCCCUUAUCCGCCAGCAGGUGGUUACACACCAGGCUCUACAGGAACCACUGGGGGAGUGGUUCCUCCGGGACAAUAUGUCCAAGGAGGAGCAGGGGGUGGAUUAGCAGGCGGAGCAGGUGCGGGAGGCCAAUGGGGACAAACCGGAGCAAUUGACGACGCCGACUCCCAAGUGCAAACAUCAGUGAAACAAACCAACAACGAAACGAUUGCGAAUGCUCAAGCGCAUGGAAAGUUCCAAGGCGGAACCUCGCAGUCCCAAGUAUCGGGAACCUAUUCAGGAUCGGGGUCGUUCAGUGCGUCUGCUGGAUCAGACGAUGGUAAGCGGGGAGCUUUGACUCAAGUGGCUGGAGGAAAAGAUGGAGCGCAAAGUAGUGCACAAGGAAGAGGGGGAGCCGGGCAGUCUCAAGCGCAGGUUACUCUUGAUUCUGGAUCAGGUGAUACUUUAUCCACAGCCCAAACGUCUGGUAUACAACAUGGGACGCAAACUCAAGUAAGAGCAAGCGAAAAAGGAGGACUAGCGGACGCUCAAGCGAAUGGCCCUGGCCCGACGUCUUCCCAAGCUCAGAUCGGGUUUACUCCACAUGACGAGCUGGAAAGUGACAACCAAACAACACCGUUUAGAGGAGGAGGCACAGCAGCCGCCCAAAGUGGCACAUUGUCCGGGAUGACGCAGACGCAGAUCCAAGGAAAAUUCCGAUACGGAAUCAGAUAUCAAGGAGCGGCUCAAGCUGGAUCGGGAUCAGUAGCAAUAAGGAACCUGACUGAACCAACAGGAUAUUUCAAGCCGAUCAACUUCACAGCUAACAAAAUCAGUCACAAUAAACAGUCACAGAGCCAGCAAUCGUCAAUUGCCGUCCCAUCAAAACCGCCACCAACAUCAGUUGGAAAGAAACUGGAUGUGCCUUUAUCUGAAACCCUGACUGGCGCAGAAUCGAGUCGAGAGAAACUGUUCGAAAUCCAGGUUCAGAAGGUGGACCCGGUUUCCCAAGAAGAUCCAGUCGUUGUGUCUGCCCCGACGGAAACUCCAGCAGAAUACGAAGAGCCGGAUUAUGCAGAUGAAGAGUACCCUGAUGAGGCCUCCCAUGAACAAAACACCGAGUAUCCGCAACCGCUGAGCUCGCCGUCGAGAAGAAAUUUAGAACCGCCUGAAACUCGUCAAUCCGCAGUACCGAUCCAGAAAACUCACACCCCAAGAGUAGUGAGCCAAAGCUCAGACAGUCAGAAACAACACAUUGUCUUGGACCCCUUGGAGGAUCUGGAUGCCACAGUGCAUCAAAGCAAGGGCAGUUUUCCGGAAGAUGGGAUGGUAUUGCAAGCGGGACAAGUUAUUCCAGGUUCACCAGGAUACCAAAUCCCCGCAGGAUUCCGGGGAAGGGUCAAAGCCAUAGCGAACGGGCCCAACACUUAUGCAAUAGGCAGAAACGCUCAAGCUCAAAGCGUCACUUUAUCGCCAGGAAGCGGCAGAGUAAUCUACAGCAAAUCCAGAACACCCAACCCGGUAUACGGUGUGGUCACUAGAACUACAUACAAAAACGGAAACUACGGCUCGGGGUACGCAUAUCAACCCAUAUACCAACCGGUAGGAUACAGGGUGAAAAGUGGAAAAGUGCUGCCGAACUUUGUGUCGGUAAGCAAGUCCGAAGCAGGCUCCACCAACCCGAAUACCGGGAAAAAGUCACCGGAUAUUUACUAUACGCAAAGCAGUUCAUGCGGGAUGUUUACGAAUUCGUGCGUGUAUGCCAAUGGAAAGAAAACGUGUUUUCCUGUACGGAAAACCAACCCGGACGGAAGUCCGAUGAGCUGUUGAUGUUCUCGGAAAGUUUGUGCGAACAAUAAAUCUGGACAAUCGAUGAACCUGGGGCCAGUAGAUCUUACUACUUAAAAUAUAGUGGUUUGAAUAUAAAUUCUAUUAAAUUUGCAAUUUACUCUCGGGGUUAGGCGAUGUCUCCCAAUCCCAACUGCACGAGACACGCACAUUACGAGUAUAACUGUAUUAUUAACUUAGAAUAAUAACGCAAAAUGUAUUGUUGUAAAAUACAGACAAUUCGACCUGUUGGUGCAAGUCACUCAA